CAUUCCUUCCCUGUUCCUCUAUCCCGCUCUCUCUCCUUUCAGGUGGCCUUUUCCCGAUUUCUCUCUCAAUCUCUCCAUAAAAAUCAAAGCGUAAGGGUUUCUGUUAGAGACAGCGGCUGCUCUCACCGCCGCCUCCAGCUUCUACGGUCACUCGAUCCUGCUUGGCACCGGCAAUCAACAACAAGAGUCGAAUCCACAGCAACGUUUGGUUGGCGAUGGCUCAAACAGAGGGCAAAUGGAUUAAGCUAGAACAGUCGGGCACUGGACCUGGGGCAAGAAGCUCGCACGCAAUCACCAUUGUAGGACUAAAAGUCUAUGCCUUUGGUGGUGAGUUCACUCCACGUGUUCCCGUUGACAAUAAGCUAUAUGUGUUUGAUCUGAAUGAUCAAACGUGGUCUGUGGCUGAGGCCACCGGUGAUGUCCCUCCCCCUCGUGUAGGUGUCACAAUGGCAGCUAUUGGUGAAACCAUAUAUGUCUUCGGUGGGAGAGAUGCUGAACACCAGGAGCUGAGUGAGCUCUAUUCUUUUGACACAUCUACGAACAAGUGGGCUCUAUUGUCUAGCGGAGACAAUGGACCUCCCAACCGGAGCUACCACUCAAUGACAAGUGAUGAUCAGCACAUAUACGUCUUUGGUGGGUGUGGAGUGACUGGUCGUCUUAAUGAUCUCUGGGCUUACAAUGUUGUUAGUAAAAAAUGGAAGAAAUUCCCCCUGCCUGGGGACAGUUGUAGAGGCAGAGGGGGACCUGGCCUCACUGUUGUCCUAGGAAAAAUCUGGGUUGUUUAUGGAUUUGGCGGUUAUGAGCUUGAUGAUGUACACUGCUUUGACCCAGUUGAAGAAAAGUGGGGUCAAGUCCAAACCAACGGCGAAAAACCAACUGCUCGCAGCGUCUUCUCAACGACUGGGAUUGGAAAGUACAUAUUCAUCUAUGGUGGGGAAGUAGACCCUAGUGAUUUAGGUCACCUUGGUGCUGGAAAAUUUGCUGCUGAGGUUUAUGCCCUCGACACUGAAACGCUAGUUUGGAAGCGCUGGGAAGCGACUGGAGAUCAUCCAGGGCCACGAGGAUGGUGUGCUUUUGCAGGUGGACAGCGAGAUGGACAAGAAGGCCUGCUGGUAUAUGGUGGUAAUUCCCCUACCAAUGAUCGGCUUGGCGACAUUUUCUUUUUCACUCCAUCAUGCUUUGAGCUUUAGUGGCCAUUGGAAAAUGAUCUGUAUAUGAUCUGCUGCAUUGUGUGUACCCAAGUUGUCUUUUAAUAUGCCGUACUAAUAAGUAAUCUGAAAUCAUAUGACAAUCGU